AUGCGACCCGGCCAGUCCAACAAGCGAGGACACAUUAUUACGGCUCGAAUUGUCCCGGUAUUUUUGCUCGGAAUCAUCGUUUAUUCGUCAUGGGUAGUGACCAAAAGCGUCUGCAUUGACUAUCUCAUCAAUCCUCGCCCGUCGAUAUUCGUCCGCCCACAGACCGGUGCCGCCAUCGCAAUUCUUACCAUAUAUUACCUCCUCCUCCUUAUCGCUCUGAUCUGUUUUGGCCGACUACUUCAGACGAUUGCGAUUAAUCCCGGUCUCGUGCCCCGCGGGUCACAAUGGUACAUUGAGAAAGAGAGAAAGCGCCGGAAGAGCAUGAAUCCAAAUAACAAGGAAGACGCCCUCGAAUACGAUUCAACAGAAGGAUAUACGCCCCGGCAUUUACGCCAAAUACCCGACGACGAGGGCUUCCGCGCCCAGGAUUUCUGGCACAAAGAUGUCUUCGUGUGUGGCUGGGACGGUCGUCCACCUUUUUGCUCAACAUGCUACAACUACAAACCCGACCGAGCACAUCACUGCAGCGAACUUGGCCGUUGUGUACUAAAAAUGGAUCACUUCUGUCCGUGGGUCGGAGGGAUAGUGUCCGAGACCUCAUUUAAAUACUUUAUUCAAUUCACCUUCUGGGCCGCAUGGUUUUGCCUCAAUACUCUGGUCUUCAUGGCAUACUACUUCGCCAAGCGCCAACGGGAAGAGAAUUUCGUGAACGUCCAUUGGAUUCUAGUUCUGAUCUUCGCCUCACUCUUCCUCAUGUUCACAGCAGGAAUGUGCGGGUCAAGCCUUCAAUUUGCAUUCCUCAAUUCCACGACCAUUGAAAAUUUCACACGCAAAACUAAGGUCUGGUACUUGGCCGUGUACAUUCCCAACCGGGUGCUGGAGAGAUAUCAAUCCUCCGGCCGGAGUGAUCUCAGGCUAAUCACUUACCCUCGGCCGCCGUCGGAGCAGUUCCAGAUUCUCCAGCAGUAUGGUGCGAAGUUGAACGAUAGUCAACAGAGCGUGGCUCGAGGAGUAUGGGACGUGAACAAUCCUCCUGCUCUACAGACCACCUGCGAUCCGCAAUCGCUCCCUCCUUUUCCACCUCAUCCCACCAUUGCACAGGGAGAUGCACCUCCGUCAUCACUCUCACAACCGGAUGAUACCGUACCCCCAUCCCUUACCCAUGCACCAACAGUGCAGGAGACACGCACAUUUGCCAUCCUCGAAACCGUCCCCGGCGCCAAUCCAUUUGACAUCGGCCCGUUCAACAAUUUUAAAGAGGUCAUGGGAUGUACGGUCUUCGACUGGUUCAUCCCACUCCACGCUUCGCCCCUGGCUGAUCACAGGGAUCCGAGAAGCAUGUACAAGCUUGGGCCUUUAGUGGAGAAAAUGAGACGGACAGCGGGGAUUCAGGGUGAUGUUGAUGUUGACGGGCAUGUCGUCGGCGGGAGUGAAGUUGAGACCCAGAAGAAAGGGGCAAGGACGAGAAGACAUAGGAGGAGGAGGAGGAGAAGAAGGCGGAGGACGUCGACGACUACUACCACGAGCCACAACAGAGGCAGUUCGAGAGGGAAAUCAGGCGAUCGGUGA